UUCACUAGGCUGGUUGGUUCUUGAAGGCCAUUCGUUCGCUAUUAUCAGGUGUGCUUGAGUUCCAAGCAUUUCUCUCUUCUGUCCGGAAAUCAAAACCCUAAAAAAUAGUCAAUCAGAUGGUCUGAUCAUUUUCAUUUCCUCAGACAUGGAGUUACAAACCCUAACGAUCACUGCUCCACUGUUACUCUCCAUGUUCUACAACCGGGGAUUGAUUCGGCUAGCUACUUCAUUCCAUUUUAUUCUGGUUCUGUCAUGUAUCUUUUUUUGGCUUGCUACAUGUGGACCCUGUUCUAGCGAUGGGAUGAAGAAAUCAGCAGAGUAUGAUGCAUGCAGAUCUUACGGAGAUCAUCAGGGGGUGAAUUUUCACGAUAUUAUUGUUGGUGAUACUAAUUCGGGUUAUCUUAAAGGAACUUCGGUGACCCAGCUAAAUAUUGAGACUGUCUGUACCAGUUCCAAUUUGUUCUGCUUUCCUUCAACGUUGCCUGGUCUUUUUUCAGAAGACCAUAAACCCAGGGAAGAUACUUUAGAAGUUUCUAGGAUUCAGUCUGAUGGUCCAUUACCUGUAGGAUCAACUGAGACUCAGAGGAUAGCAAGUAACAAAACCUGGUCAUCAGACUAUGGGAUGUUUGGAUUAUUAAAUGGCAAGACUGUUUCAUGUUCCUUGAACUUCAAAGAGAGUAUCCAUGAACUAUCCAUUCAAACUGAUGGUGGUGAUCAAAAUGAUUUUUCUUCAUGUAGAGGAACUUCUCUAAAUCAGCAUAGUACUAAUGUUAGGUUAAGCAGGAACUCUGAGAUGAGCAAGCCAGGUUCAUUUGGUACAUCUUCUUCACCUAAGGUAGAGAUAAGCCCUCCUAUACUGGAUUGGGGACAAGAGUAUUUAUUUUUCCCUUCAGUAGCUUUCCUAACAGUAGCAAAUUCCUGUAAUGACAGCAUCUUACAUGUAUAUGAACCUUUUAGUACGAACACACAGUUCUAUCCAUGCAAUUUUAGUGAAAUUUUACUUGGACCUGGUGAAGAGGCUUCAAUUUGUUUUGUGUUUUUACCUAGAUGGUUGGGGUUGUCAGAAUCUCGCUUGAUCUUGCAGACAAGCUCUGGUGGUUUUCUGGUUUCUGCUAAAGGAUUUGGUGUUGAGUCUCCUUACAAGAUUCAGCCUUUAAUGGACUUGGAUGUUCCCUCUCGUGGACGGUUGAGUAAGAAUUUCUCCUUAUUUAAUCCUUUUGAUGAAACCCUCCACGUGAAGGAAGUAACUGCAUGGGUAUCAGUUUCUCUAGGGAAUACUACCUAUCAAACUGAAGCAAAUUGUGGCGCAGGACAUUUUCCGAACUCUGAAGAGAUAAAGUUGCUGAGUGUUAAGGAUUGGUUGGUUGUGGAGAGUGGUCAAGUUGGUUCUUCACUGAUGGCUAUGAGACCCCAUAGAAACUGGGGGAUUGGUUCUCGCAGUAGUGAGUCGAUCAUAGAGAUAGAUUUCUCAUUAGGAUUGGAAGGAAAAAUUCUGGGUGCAUUUUGUUUGCAGUUGAUAAGGUCUUCACAGAACACAUCUGAUACAGUUAUAGUUCCUCUUGAAGUUGAUCUAGAUAGGAAAGCAGCCUAUGGAGAUCUUACUGGUCCUAUUUUAGUUUCGCUUCAAUCCCUUGUGGCACAGGAUACUGGUGGGACUGUUGUUACCAUUUCUCUCAGAAAUAGAGCUUCUUACAUGUUGAAUCUUGUCAGCAUUAGUGAAGUUGCAGACACAAAGCUUUUACAGAUCAAGUAUAUGGAAGGCUUGCUACUUUUUCCAGGAACUGUCACAAAAGUUGCUGUUGUUUAUUGCACCCAACUGCCUGUUGAAUUACAUGAUUCUUUUCCUGAAGUAUCUAAUAAGAACAGAAAUUGUAAACUAUUUGUACUGACAAAUGACUCAAGCAGUCCUCAGAUUGAAAUUCCUUGCCAGGAUGUAAUCAAUGUUUGUUCAAGACAUCAAAAGGAUUCAUCCAUUGGAUACGAAUAUGAGGCUGGAAGUGUCAAAUCUGGCAAUGCUAGGACAGGGUCCUUGGUUGAUGGUGUGAAAUUGCCAUCAAAGGUUGAGGUAUGCUGAUUUCAGUUUCAGUGUCCAAUUUGUGUGUGUUGGUUGGUGUUUGAUUCAUGUGUUGGUUUUUCAUUUUAUCAAAUUAUUCUAACGAUAGUCUUGUAUUCUUAAUGCUCCUUAGAAGUUGACCAUGAACCUGUUACCUAUUAGGAAGCUAAUUGUUUAACAUUUACCUGUUCUCUUGUGUAAGGUGAAUUUUAAUCCAUUUAGCAUGCUGGGUCCAUUGUAGU